UUUUGCAGUCAUACGUCCUCAGUCCCUCUGUCUGCUGUCAGCAAAAUGGAUGUACAGACUAUAAACUCCAUGAAUUAUGAGCAAUUCCAGGACACUUUCGGGAACAUCAUAGAGAAAUGUCUGCUUAUAACAGCAGCAAUCUGGUCCAAGCAGCCAUUUUCAAGUGUUCACGAGAUGGAAGUCUGUGUUUACGAGUUUAUUGAAUCCCUGCCAAUGUCUGGCAAAGAAGGAAUCUUGAGGUGUCACCCUGACCUGGCCGGGAGAGAGCUAUCAAGUGGAACACUGACAGUAGAAUCACAGCAUGAACAGCUACAAGCUGGACUUACUUCUCUUACCACUGAAGAACAAGAGAUAUUAGCCCUUCUAAACUCUCAAUACAAGGAGAAGUUUGGAUUUCCCUUCGUCAUAUGUGCAAAAAUGUCUGACAAAAGAAAAAUAAUGGAGGAAUUAAGCUACCGCCUUCAGAAUGAUCCUUCAACAGAACUUCUGAAGGGCAUUGAUGAGGUUAAAAAGAUUUGUCACUUGAGAUUACAAGAUAUAUUAUUUAAGAGUGCCGUGUUGCCUACAAAGCUGUAACUUUUAGAAAAUUUGGGAAUAUUUAUUAAAGCUUGGAGAGAGAUAAAAUGGAGAGAGAUAAAGUAACAACCAAUCAACUUCUGGCAUUUUUCAAACACAGCCUGUAACAAUGCAGUUAGGUGCUGAUUGGCUGGUACUUUAUCUACACUUUAUUUCUCGCCAAGCUUUGAUUUACCCCAUUGGGGUAUAUUCAAUAAGAGUUGGGUCCAUUCUGACAUGCAGUUGUCGGAAUGGACCCGACAACCCCUAUUCAAAGAGCGGCCAAAUCCGACUGUUGGAUUUGGCCGCCCCCGGUGUCUCGUCCUGACGCUGCUGUCAGAGGCUGCUGGAUGCACUGACAGUAGCAGUGGGGGAAAGCUGUCAGCGGCUGCCGUGGGAGAGAUGUCUGUGGCGGUUAGGGAAGCAACGGGAGAGCAGCGGAGGAGGAGGAGACGGAGAGGAGGCGAUGGGGUGAGCAGCAGCUGCAGCAGCGGAGGCUCAUGACGGCGUCCACAUGGCUCCAGCAAGCGGGACCUCGCUUGCUGGAGCCGGGUGGACGCUGACGCUGGGUUCCUGCUCUCCCCGCUGCUCACCCCGUCUCCUGCUCUCAGCUCCCUCAUCUCAAUCCGACUUUUUUUAAAGUCGGAUUGAGAUUGUCGGAAACGGGGCUAAAACCUGUCGGGUUUGGCCCCGCUUCCGACAAUGCACGCUGAUCAGCGGCUGAAGCCGCCAAUCAGCGUGCAUUCCGAUAGCAUUCUGACAAGUCGGGUUUCCCGACUUGUCGGAAAAAACGGGGCCAUAAUGAAUAGGUCGGAACCCUUUCCGACCUAAAACUGUCGGAAGCUACCGUCUUUCUGACAAGACGGCAGCUUCCGAAGGUUAUUGAAUAUACCCCUUAGUGUGUUUAGUGUUCUGGUGAGCAGAAUGGGGACUUUCAUGAAGAAGUUCAGAAAUGACUCCUCUUUUUACUCUAGUUUUUCUAUAUUUCAAUUCUUUAAGCAUCCUUCAAAUUAUAAUUGAACUGUCAAUAGCUAAUGAAUUAAUAGAAAAUCAUUUAAAAAUUAAAUCUAUUCUUAUACUGGU